AUGGCAUCGUCUGUUGUUUAUCGACGAAAUCGUGCCUUAAUCAUUGGUAUCAAUAAAUAUCGACGUGAUCCAUUACAAUAUUGUGUUAAUGACGCGGAAGAUUUAAAUACAAAUCCUCGAUCUAUCGAUUUCGACAUAACUUUAGAAUUGAACUACGAUUUGAAUCAAUUCUACAAGAUAAUUGAUAGAUUUGUUGAUACAAUUCAACAUGAAGAAACUAACAAUGAUAGAAAUGGUAUUUUCAUUGAAAAAUUAUUAAAAUAUAUUGCAAAAUCCAAUCAAGAUAUUGAAGAUAUAAUGAGAAAUGUUGCCUGUGAUGUAAACUCUCAAAGAGGUGGUUUUCAAUUGCCAUAUCGAACCAGCUCGCUUAUAGAAAAAUUUUCUUAG